AUGGAAGUUUAUGUAGACGAUGAGGAAGAAUACAUACCUUUUUUAACAACUCGUCGGCAUUAUCUUGAUCAUCCAGAAUCAGAUAAUGAGGAAGAAGAAGAAAAGAUGGAACUAAGCACAGGAGGUGUCCGCACAAAAAAACGUAAGUCAUCAGAAAACAAACGAGAAUUGCCACUACCACCCUCAGACUUUGAACCAUUCGUCCAUCAGAGGCCGCUGCAUCGAGCAUUUGUUCAGCUGCCAUCACAUCUUGAUGCCAGUGCUAGUGUAAUUGGUAGACAAUGGUUGGACUUAAGUCAUAAGGAGCUCAUUAUCUGGAUUGCACUUGUUAUUUAUCAAGGACUUUAUAGAUUGCCCUCUCUUGACCAAUAUUGGAAUGAAGAUGAAAAGCUUCCUUUACAUCAUAUUUCAAAACAAAUGUCAUUAAAAUGUUUUGAAAUAAUUAAGAGGUUCUUACAUAUUUCGUCUCCUGCUGCGACAAUUAAUAAUUAUUUUGAGAAGUUGGAGCCAUUGCUUUCACAUAUCCGUAACGUCUCAAAGCAACUUUACGUACCAAAUUCGAAUGUCUCUGUGGAUGAAAUGGUUAUUCGAUUUUCUGGAAGAAGCAUUCAUAUUAUUAGAAUCAAAAACAAGCCAACCCCAGAAGGCUUUAAAAUUUUAUCUCUUUGUGAAUCGGGAUACACUUACACCUUUUUGCUAACGUCACGUGUCUCUCUAAAUAAUGUAACGAAAGUGUAUGGUCUUAGUAAAACUGGGUGUUUAGUUUACCAUCUUGUUGAGCAACUUCCAUAUUCUGGAUUUUCAUUCAAUAUAUAUAUGGAUAACUAUUUUACUAGCAUUCCUCUUUUUCAAUAUCUUCGACAAAUCAAUAUCGGUGCUUGUGGAACCAUCCGGAAAACUUCUUCUGGUUUUCCAAAAGAAUUAAAGGUAGACAAAAAUAUCAAAUUCAAUUGGGAUAUUCGCUCUGGUAUCAUAACAAACAGUGCAUUAGUUGUUUUCUGGCAAGAUAAUGGUCCUGUAACAAUGUUGACAACAAUUCAUGGGCUCGUUGGUGAUGAAUGGAAAGUGGAACGAGAAAGACAGCGACCAAGAGAAACAAGCACUAAUGCAGUAAAAGUGCGCACAGUAUUUGGAACUGAAUCAAAAAAAAAAUUAAAAAUUCCCAGAGUAAUAGAUGACUACAAUAACUACAUGAACGGUGUAGAUGUUGCAGACCAACUACGAUCUUAUUACAGCAUGCAGCAAACAACUCGGCGAAAUUGGAUGCCACUUUUUUUUUGGCUUUUAGACACGGCUAUUAUCAAUACAUAUCGGAUUAUCAUAACUUCAGGAUUGACAAAAGAGCAUAAGGAGUUUC